AUGUCUACCCUUCUGCUGGUCGUGGGUGUUGUUGUAGGAAUUGCGUACAUUUACCGCCAUGUUGUGGUGAAGGGAAAGCGGUACACAAGUAAAACAAAGCUGGAUGGGAAAACUGUGAUUGUGACCGGCAGCAACACAGGCAUUGGGAAGACUACAGCCAUAGAUCUGGCAAAAAGAGGAGCCAGAGUGAUUCUGGCCUGUCGCAGUGUGCAGAGAGGAGAGGCUGCUCUUGAGGAAGUCAAGAGGGAGAGUGGCAGUAAUCAGGUGGUGUUCAUGCCGUUGGAUCUGGGGAGUCUGAAGUCUGUUUGCAGCUUUGCUGAAACCUUUCUGAAGUCUGAGCUCCGACUGGACAUCCUCAUCAACAAUGCAGGUAUUUACCUACAGGGUCGAACAGAGGACGAACUGGGGAUGAUGUUUGGCGUCAACCACAUUGGUCACUUCCUAUUAACCAACCUGUUGCUGGACCGGCUGAAGGAGUGUGAACCCAGCAGGGUAGUCAGCUUGUCGUCUGUCGCACAUAACUUUGGAACAAUUAAUUUUGACUGUCUGAACACCCACAAAGCUCUGGGACUGGGGACCUCAUUCAUGGAGGUUCUCCAGAUCUAUUCUGACAGCAAGCUAUGCAACGUUCUCUUCACCCACGAGCUGGCCAAGAGACUCCAGGGAACCAAGGUCACCUGUUACUGCCUCCACCCAG